UCGUCUUUGAAGUGUAUGAUUAAGUCAGCACAAAUUAAGUUGUAAUUAUACAAGACAAGAGUUACGUCCCUUGUGUCGCUGCGUUUGCCUUGAAAUUGUUAGUUUUACAUUUGACUGAAAUCGUCAAAACCAAAUAUUGCUGACAUGGAUAUAGCAACAACAGUGAUAAGAAAAGAGAAAAAGAACAAAGAAAAUGGUCAAAUCAACAGUUUGGAAUAUAUUCGUUGAUGGAGAGUAAAAUUUAGUUUAUUUUAUUCUUUUGAUAGGAGCCCUAUUAUUUUAGCUCUUUUUUUCCAUUUUAAUUUUAGCUAUAAUAGUUAUAAGUGCCCAAAUAGAAUGCAAAUGAAGAUAAACUAUUUUUGGAAACAUUAUGUCCGCUAUUUAAGUUUCCAUCGGCUCCCAGAACUGAAAGCAGGAAAUGUUUGUAUUUCUAAUGUUGAUAAAAUCAACCAGAUCGUAAAGAAAUUCAUCUCUGAUGGACCUGAUAAGUUGCAGAUCGUAACAGAUUUUGACCAGACACUAACCAUGCAUUCAUAUCAAAACAAACGAUGUGACUCAUGUCAUGGUGUCCUGGAUAAUAGUUCAUAUCUGCCAGAUGAUUUCCGUGUAAAGGCUGCAAAAUUAAGGGAUAUAUAUGCUCCAAUAGAGUUUGAUCCUCAUAUAGAAACUGAGAAGAAAGCUCCAAAAAUGGAAGAGUGGUGGACUCAAGUACAUGAACUACUGGGUACAUUGAAUAUCUCUAAAAGUCUGAUUAAUAAAAUGGUUGCUCAGUCUUCUGUCAGAUUAAGAAUUGGAUGUGAUGAAUUAUUUAAGAGCCUUGAUAAAUGGAAUGUUCCAGUUCUGAUCAUUUCUGCUGGACUGGGAGACAUUCUCUCAGAGAUUCUCACUCAGCAAUCAGCCGUCUACAGUAACAUGAAAAUUGUUUCAAAUUUCAUGAAAUUUAAGGAGGAUAAAAUGGUUGGUUUUUAUGAUGAAAUCAUUCAUACAUUCAAUAAAAACAAGUGUGCUAUUCAUAAAUCUGGCUAUUUCAACAAUCAGAGAUCAAACAUAAUACUGUUAGGUGACUCUGUUGGUGACUUGCACUUAGCAGAUGGAGCCAAAGACAGUUCUACAAUUCUUAAAAUUGGCUACCUCAAUGAAAGGGUUGAUGAAAGUUUGGAGAUAUACAAAAAUGCAUUUGAUAUUGUUUUGGUAAAAACCGAAAAUGUGGACCUAAUGAAUGCAUUAAUGAAAAGAAUGACCGAUAAUAAAGUCUGAACCUUAACAAAGUUUCUUUAACGUUCAUUAGAAAAUUAUUUGAAACCUUUAAUUAAAUAAUUUUAAAAUCA